AUGUUACAAAGUGAACAGCCUGUACAUAAUCCUAAUGUAUUAGGACCUUUCAAUAGUCAGUGUAAAUUAAAAAAUAGGCCACUUACUCUAGAUGCUGCUAAUAAACCGCAGUUCACUGGCUGGAAGACAAAACAGUUUAUUUUAAAACUAAAUAAUUGUGAUAAUUGUGUAAAAAUGAAAAAUAAUGAUAUAGUUGUCAUAGAAAACAUUGCUACAUCAAAAUUAGAUGGUAAUGAUAUAAUAAUUGGACGCAAGUAUGAUAAGCUUUCAGAUUUUUUUUGA